UUGCUUUAAAUAAUGAUAAUAAAGCGUACCGGUGAUGUAUAUUUGGCUUAUUUAAAUAGUGACUAGCCAUCAUGUUCUUUUUAGGAACGGGCAAUGCUAUCGAUGGCAUCUUUUGCCACAAAAGCAUGCACUGUGGCAGGUAUGCAUCGUGAGAGGAAACGACACUAAAGCUCGGGGCACCAUCAAUUGCCUGCACCAAUUCCCGUAAGCGUAUUAUGAAUGACUGACGACUCAUAAUUCAAAUAUUGUCAUUGUUUUGCGGACAUAUCUAAGCAAUCCACAGCAUCGCCUAAUCAAAACGACUGUCAUUCAUAAAUAAGCUAAUAAGAGGCAACAUACGGAGGGGGCAGAUUGAUGUGAUGAUGCAAACGUAUCGACGGCGUUUUCUAUACAAUGACAGAUCUUAUCGUGCAUUUCAACGCCAAAUGCAGCCCGAGACAUCUCCAUGCCUCCCCAGCUGAGCACACAUCUGUGAAGAAUGGUGGAUUUUGGAAGAUGGGCUAUAUGACAAGUCUCCACUAGAUGGCGCAGUUUCAGUGACGGGAAUGAGCAGGACUGGUCUUUCCUUCUCCUCGGCGCCAUUUUCAAACAGCGUUACCGCCACCGGAAGACCGUUCGCCGUGGGGAGGGGAGGAAAUCUGCGGGAGACGGUGAUUCUCAGCAAACCUCGACACUGUUUCACGCUAUGAACGCACCGAGCAGAAGCACCCAAACAACGAAUAGCAAGCAGACGUUAAGGGUUAUCGGCUGUCGUGUUCACCUUGAGGAGAGAAGCUUUAUUUCCGUGGCGCUGCUAAUGUUAUGAUUACUACAGAAUGAAGACUGAGGCUGAGACAGCGAACUGCCCCCCGAAGAGCGACUGACAGUUUACGCGAACAACAACAAGGAGCGGAGCGUGUAUUUGUGUUGGACGACCAUGACGACCAGCGCCGAGCGGAAGUUUAUCAGCCUGCGGAAACGCUUGGAUCAGCUGGGCUACAGACAGCCACUAGCCAUCGAGAGCCUGCCCCUGGUCGAGAAACUGUUCAGUGACCUGGUCCACACCACAGAGAGUCUCAGGAACGCCAAGCUUGCUGCAGGGAAGACGGAAAAAGAAAGCCGAAAUGUCGAUGCUGUUCUGGAGCCAUAUAAAGCUGAAAAUGCCCGGUUAGUCAGAGAAAACAAUGAACUGCACCUUGGGCUGUUGAAACUGAGAGAGGACAAGGAUCGGAUCGGCAGGGAGCUGAAAGCUUACAUCAGGAAACUGGACCAUGAAACCUCAGAUCUGAAGUUCCUCAAUAAUCAGUAUGUGCACAAAGUCCGGUCUCUUGAGCAGGACAGCAAAGCUAAGACAGAGCGCAUCCUACAGCUCCAGGAUAAGAACAUGCAAGCUGUUGUUCAGACACCUGGAGGGAAGAAACGAUCAAUCCCGUUUAGACGUCAGCGGAUGCAGAUAGAUGAACUCCUCCCACCCUCCAGUGGCCCCAUCUCUUCAUCUGUGGUGCAACCAGACGAUCCUUACAUCGCUGACCUUCUUCAGGUGGCUGAUGACAGGAUUCAGGAGCUUCAAAAGGAAAUGGCACAGAUGAAGAUUGACCUGGAGAGAGCACAGAUGGGAAUCAAACAUCUCAACACACAGGUGGAAGAGCGAGAUAAAGAGAUCGAUCGUCUGAAUCGAGCUCUAGAUGGUGGGCGACCAAAUGAUGUCAUCUCUCUAGAGGCUCAAAACAUCAGUAAUGAAAAACUUAUCGCUCAUCUGAACCUGCAGAUAGAGUAUCUGCAGGAGACCAACAGAUCCUUGGAGCAGAGGAUUGAUGGACUGCAGCAGAGGAAGAAGACUGUGUCCAGUGAGGUGGCUGAUCUGAGCGCUCGAAACCAAGAGCUGUGUCAGGAACUCACUGAGAUAGACCAGCUCGCCCAGCAGCUAGAGAAAGACAAAGAGAUGGUUCUAGAGACCGCCGACAUGGAGCUGCAAGAGGCCAAGAAAGAGAUUCAGAGUCAACAGCAGGAGCUAGAGAACCUGGAGGAGGUCAUCGCUACAUUAAGACGGGACAUGGCAGAGGGAGAUCAUGUGAAAGACCGUCUGAGGGAUCAGCUGCUUGAUCUUCAAGAACAGAAUGACAAGAUGGAGGGCCUGGUACACUUUCUGGAAGAAGACAAAAAUAGACUUCAGGAUAAAGUAGAAGCAAUGACACAGGCCGACAAGGAGAUAAUUCUGGAAUUGGAGCGGAUGCGUGCAAGGCAUGGUAUGUGUGGCAAGGAGCGGUCUCCAUCCCGUCUGGAUGGCUUUGUGAAAAGUUUAGAGGAGGAAAGGAAUUACUACAAACAGGAGCUGGAGCGUUACCGGCUGCUCAGGGGCAGGGCAGACAAAAGCCCCACCCCUAGUCCAAGCAGAGGGAGGAGCCCCAGAGGAAGAGGCAGCUGGCUUGGAAAGAAAGAUGGUGAUGCAGAACUUUCAAAUGCCCUGAAGGAGAGGGAUGAGCUGCAGUCCGUGCUGCUGGGCUUUGAGAAACACAUGGAGGAAAUCCAGAGCAGAGUGAGAUUACUGACUGCAGAAAGAGACCAGCUCAGCUCUCAGUUCCAGCAGGCUCAGGAGGAGCUAAGACGUGUCCAAAGGGAGCUUGAGUCCUCUGAACUCCAGCACAGGAUCAGAGGUGACAGGGAACACACUGAAGCUGAACUCCUGAGAGUUACUGCAGAGAGAGAUGCACUUAGAGACAGACUUAAGGUUGCACAGAGCACAGCUCUGACAGACCGAGAACAGGAGGAGAUCAGGAUUCUUGACCUGGAGAACACUGUUCAGAUGUUGGAAAGAGAAAGGGCUGAUCUACGCGCUCAGGUGUCUGUACUGAAGGAGAGUCAUGUUGCAGUUGAGAAGGAGUUGAAGGCUCAGUCAGCGGUGCUGCUGCAGAAAGUAGAAGAGGCCACACAGCAGAGAGCCGAGAACUGUGCACUAAGGCUUCUGCAGGAGCAGAUGGAGCAGUCUCUCUCAGAUGUUCAGCACAGAUUAUCUGUCAAGACCAAUGAACUGCAGGCAGCUCACCAACAGAUCGACAAACUAGAAGAGAAAAUUGCUGAUCUGAGUAGACAUGGUUCAUCUCGAAAGGAUGAGGUUGCAGGUCUGCAGAGCACAAUAGCCUCUCUAGACCGAGAGAAAGAUUCCCUUCAGGAUGCUGUGGACCAGAAGACUGAGAGUAUGGUGCUGCUACAAGAUGAGAUCCACAGGAAGGAAAAAACUCUUUUGGAGGUCCGGCUUACAGUCACAGACUUGGAGAACUCUCUGGAUCAGCUGAAGGUGACAUUGAGCAGUCGAGAGAGGGAGAUUGCUAGUCUGCGCAGACAGCUGGACAAAUCACAAGAGGAGCUCUCGGCUGUCAGUCGAGAGAGAGAGGUCGUGCUGAGAGAGAACCGCAGGUUACAGGACGAUCUGUCCACCAUGACCAGAGAAAACCAGGCGGUGCACGCAGAGAUGCAGGAAGCUUUGAAUGAGAGGGAUGAACUGAAGCACAGGGUUCACUCGUAUAUCUCGGAGGUGGCACGGAUUGAAAGCAUGAUGGCUGCCAAGGAACAGGAAAACAGAGACAUGCUGGAGCGUUUCCGGACUGUCCACACGGAGUCAGAGGACCGAGAGCUGAAGCUGCAGCAGGCCGAGGGUCUAAACAGCUCUAUCAGACUAGAGCUGCUCUCAUCUGACACAGAACGCAGACACCUCCGAGAGAGAGUCUCACUGCAAGACAGAGAGAUACAGGAGCACUUGAACGCUCUGCAAGCAUAUGAAGCUCAGGUGUCGUCGCUGGCACGGGCGAUGUCUCGUUUGGAAGAGGAGGUCCAGGAGUCUCGAGCUGAGAAAGCUUCAGUGUUGGCAGAUCUGGGCUCUGUCAGAGAACUGUGCGUCAAACUCGACUCCAGCAAAGAGCUCACCAUUCGCCAACUGACGGCUAAGAGCAUGGAGCUGGAGAGAGUGACGGGUGAACUGGAGGAUGUGCGCUCUGAGGCAGAGCUCCUGAAAAAGCAGCUGGCCAGCGAGCGGCUGGCAGUACGCAAUCUAGAGACACUGCUCUCCACCAAUCGGCAGAAGGAGUUUCAAACACACCUGAGUGCCAGCGAGAAAGAGUCUGAGCUCAAAGUGCUGAAGGACCGCCUGACUCUUGCUGACAGCAAAACGGCUGGCCAUGCCAGAGAGGUUUCUCAGCUGCGCGGAAAAGUGUCUCAGCUACAGACAGAAAUGGACGUCCUCAAGAGGCAGCUAACCACUGAGCGCUUUGAAAGGGAGAGAGCUGUGCAGGAAAUGCGCAGACAGGGCUUAUCUUUCUCUUCACUGCGGAGCUCCUCCCCUCUCAGUCCCCGGCCUGCUUCUCCCGAGCGCUCCAUCCUCCGCACACCGGAGCUUUCCGUAGACAAAAUAUCAGAAAAGUGAGUAAUAUAAUUCAUCUGCAGCAGGUACCAGUUCUUAUGUGAUUUUUAUGGAAAGCCAUUUCUGCCAUUGAAUAAAAAAUAAUGCUUUUUUUUUUUCUUGCAACUGCGAGCUUACACUUCACAAUUUAGACUUUAUUUCCCAGAAUUGUGUGAUGCGUACUUGAAAUUCUGCCUUUUUUUUAUAUAGAAGUGAGAUAUGAACUUGUAAUUGCAAGUUAGUCAGAAUUUUUUUAUUUUUCUCAAAGUAGCAUCAUGUUAAACUAAACAUUGCACAAUAUAAACUUUUAGCUGUGUGAAAUAAACUUGCUUAUUCUAGCAAUUCAGAUUUUCUGAGUUUCUCACUCUUUCAGAAUUGUUUAUAUUCGUUAUCUUUAUCUGGUUUAUAUCUAAAAGUUUACAAAUCUGACUAUAACUCGCCGUUGUGAUUUUUGUCUGACAAUUCUGAGAAGUGAAAAAGUCAGAAUUGCGAGUGUGUUUCAUGUAAUUCUGAGAAAAAUUCAGUCACAAUUUUAUUUUUAUAUGGCUUUAUUCAGCGGAAACAGGCUUCCAUAGAUAUUCAUAACCUUGCGUAUUUGAUUUUAAAUUAACCCCUGUUUACUUUACAUUUUUUAGAAGUGUGAGCUUUAAGGAGUAGAGGAAAUGAUUCAGCCUGUCCUAUUUUCACUGACAAAAGACACAAAUGUUGUGUGGAAGAUUCCUGUGUUUUAGUCAGUUCUGAGGAAACGUUUGUGUUGGGCCAGAAAUGUCUCUGAGAUCAGUCCAGAAGAUAUUUGCUUGCGCUUCUAAAAGGGAAAUACUUGUAUAUCUAUAAGGUCAAAGGAAGAAUUAUGCCACCAAAGCCAAUAUGUUGUCAAUUUAUACACUUUGUAAUAACUUGAAAGAAAUGGUUUUGCAGUAGUUGUGUUGUCAUUAUUGUUAUUAAUAAUAGUGUUAGAUUUGUGAAUGGAAAAAGAAGCAGCUUGUAGCACUCUAUAUAUUUUAUUAUCCUUACAUGGCAGACUUGUUGUGAAAUGAACUGGGAAUGUAAGAGACCCAGGAGGUCUUCAGAAGUUGAUAUGGCCAUGUUACUCAGGGCUGUUAAUGUGACACUACCACUCCAACGUGUUUUAUGUGUAUGUAUGUAUGUAUGUAUAACAGAACGUAUGUCGACUGAUUAAUUUAUGAAUAAACGUGAUUAGUUAUCCGUUUCAGGUUUAGUAUUUACUCUUCACACUAAUAUAAACAACACUACACGGUGUCAUCAUUCUUUUGUUUGGAUAUCAGUGACAUACCCUUUGGUCUGAUAAAAAUUCAGUCCGUUUUUUUUUUUUUUUAUAAAAUAGGAAAGAAAAAACAUGAAUGCUUUUGAUAUUCAAAAGUUUAACGAGUAUUCAACAUGCCUUCCUGAAUUGUUCUUAAAUUUGUUAUUAACAGCAUGUCAUGUAUCCAACUCGGUUUGAACGGAUACAAGCAGUCGGAUACGGAUGUCCCUGAGCUGAAUUUUUCUUAAAUUUGUUUUAAUUGGUGAUACUAAGCUGUGCUCAUCAAUGCAACGUAUUACAUUGGUAUGUAACUCAUUCUACGUGAAUGAGCGGUUUAUUGAAGUGUGCUAUUAUGUCAAGUGACUUUUGUUAGCCAUGAAAAAAUCUCACUGGAAUAACCAGUAAGAAAUAUAUAUAAAAGUGCAUGAUUAAGACUUGUACGCAGAUGCCCGUAACACCCUAAUGAGUUGACUCUAACCCUAACUUCACGUUGGCAUACGGUUCCAGGAGAAGCAAAUAAUAACGUUCUGGUAAUGCGCUCUGUUCGUUUUUCUUUUUUUAAACAAAAAUGAACAUUCGCAGAGCAUUUCGAGAACCAAAGACUGGGCUGAUAACCAAUCAUAACAUCCCACAAUUAAAUCAUAACCUCUGAUAGAAAUGCUCACAAAAAAAAGAAGUGAAUCAGUAAUAUUGUUCAUCAUCUUUGCUAUUCUUAAACACAGCAUUUUUUUU